CUUCUGUUGAGAAAUCAGCUGACAGCUUUAUGGGAGCUCUCUGCCAUGGACACAACAAAGUCCCCCCAUUAUGAGUCUUUUCUCAGAGGAAAUAGGAGGCAAGAUCUCCAAGACAUGCUGAGAGAAGUAGGACUUGCUAAUGAGUACUGGUUGCCCAUGAUGCAGGAACAGCUGGGUGUGACCUGUGUCCAGGCCUUACAGCACCUAGAAGAAAAAGACCUCCAGAAGCUGAAAUCCCAGGCACAACAUUCCUGGGAGGAAAGGGCCCUGGAGAAGCUACUCAACCUGUCACACUCACAUAGACUUUCAGAGUUUCAGAAGUCUCAGGUGAAAAUGAUAAAGAAAAAGCUGAAGAACGCAGAUCAGACACUGCAGGAGAUGAGAGACUUACUGUCUGGAGGGAGGCAACAACAGGAAGAGAUAGUGGAGAAAAAAGAGGCAGAGCUGAGGCAGGCAAUGGAGAUCCCUCAAUGGGGCUGGCUACACCUUGAAAAAACCCUAAAAGAUGUCAAGGAAAAUUUGCAGGGUCAAGUCAACCUUAUGAAGGGGACACUGUCUCAUAGGAAAAACCUCUCAGAUACAGAUCUGGUGAGAUGUGUGUUUGGAGGGCUGGCUCUGCAGGGAAUGUCCAAAAACAGCCACCAAAGGGGGCUUAUAGAGAAGAGAGAAGAGCAGGGUUCACUAAUGGAAACUAAAGAAUCUACAUCUUCUCAAGCAGAAUCCAUGUUUACCCAGACAGUAGAGGAAGGCCUCAAUGUGAUUACUUCAGUCAAGAGUGGAGGUUGGAGAUUUAACUUGGAAACUGGUAGGGACCACAGCAAACAUUCAGAAUCCAAGGCUCAUUCCAUCAUGCCAUGGACGUUCCAGUCAGAGUCAGAGCAAGAGCACAUCAGCAUCUCCCAAUUUUCUGAGUUAAUUAAAAUCUUACAAGAAACUCGGAAUUACCUCAUGAAAGUAAAAGCCAAAUCUGCUUCUGCAGAAAUAGUGGAGAAAGCACAGAGAAAGACCACUUAUGACGUCAGUUUGUCUCUUGGCCACUUCUUGAAAUACCUCCAAGAAACCGAGCAGCCAGACACACAGCUCUUGCUACGUUUUAUUGCAGCUGGUGCAGGAUAUCACGUGGUAAACAGUACUUUUCAGUACCUCCUGGGUUGUGAUGAGUUGAACUUUCUACUGAAUGAAAUGCAAACUGCCCAAGAUAAAUACCAGGAGCUCAAAAAUAUUUGCCCCUACAGGGCUCAGGCAUUCCUGGUGCUCACAGGUCUGACAGCUACUGCUGGAGUUGCAGCUAUUUCACCAGAGGAGAAAAAAGAACGACUUGCAUUAAUAAAACAACACAUGGGCCAAUCUUUGUUGAAGGAAAUUGUACAUGUCCUCUCCAAACCUGGAGCAGAUCAUGAUUGGGAACACUUAGAGAGGGAUUUGAGAUUGCUCAUUGAUGGUAACACUGAAGCCACCACCUCUUUGUUGCAAAUGGAUGAGGUAAGAAAAAACUUGCAAAGUACUUUCCAUGAAAAGAAACAAUCCCAUGACCCACAAGAUAAAGAAAAUAACAGAUGUGAAGUCAUAGAAGACAUGGCUUUUCUGAAAUUACUCCAGCGUCUAGACCUAGAACAAUACUACCCAAAAAAGAUGAGCAGAGAUCACUUCCAUCUGAUCCACAAGACUUCUGUGUACAACACCCAGCCCAGCUCUGAAAGGGAGCUUCCCUUCUAUUUCCUCCAGAAGUUAUUGGUGCUAGAUUAUGAGCUGAGAUACCUAGUCUUCAGAGAGGCUGGAAACACACAAAAUCAACUUUAUCCAAGUGCUUCAAAUCCAGAAACUGAAGCUCUUGAUCCAUAUGAAGACUUGUUUGAAGACAGUGAAACUCCCACUAAUCCUUCAGCCACUAAUCCUAGAUCCCAUAUUCACCCUAUGGAUAUUCAGAUGGCAAUCCUUCACUGUGCAGAUGAUUUUGCCCGGCAAUAUAUUUUGUUGAAACUUUCCAUUUGCCAGUUUGCCCUCCCACUUCUCAUACCGAAUCCCUGCAAUUCUCAAAUUGAGUUCUCUCUCUGGUCUCUCAGUCACAUUAGAAAAAACUGGCAGGAAGCAAGGAAAUCAAAAGAAAACAUCAAUUUCAAGAAUAAGCAAAUGUGUCGUGUCCCUACCCCCAUUGUGUCCUUUAUUAGAGUUGGAAAUAACCUCUCUGCUUCCAAAUCUCAGAUCAUGAACUGUCUUCUCAGUAAUCGUAGACAUGAUGUCUUUUUUCACCGACAUUGCAGAGGGAGCACCAAAGACUGUCUCUUGAUGAAGGGUGUGGUGGAAGUUUGCUGGUUCUGUCCUGGUGGGGAAGAAAAGGACAGAUUUGGAAACUGCUUGGCCUUGACCAAUCUUCAUGGAGAUGCAAAAGAACAUGAGAAGCAACUCAGCUUCCUGCAGGAGGUCUCUUCUCUCAUUGUAGUCCUCAUGUCAACUUCUGAUGACAAUAAAGAAAACCGAAAAAUUGUCCAUGACCUGAGUCAGUCACCAAAACCUUUGAUUUAUUUAAUUGACAACAAAGAAAAAACCAUGGUCAAUAAUUCUGGCCAGAAAGUGAGAAUUGGGAUCAGGAACAGAAAUGAGGCUGAAUUAACAGAGGAGCUCGUUAUUACAAUCAGACGUUUGCUAGAGCUCUCACACACUGCUCUCAGCUUAGAGGACUGUAUCCCAUAUGCUCGCAAGCAAGGAUUCCUUAUUGAUGAAGAUCAGCAAGAAUGCAAGGAAGCCAAAGAAAAGGCAGAGGUCUUAAUGGCCCUACUGAAAGAAAUGAAGAUGUCUCAGGUGAAGGACAACUUUCUACCCCUACAGGGACACCUGUGGCAUCUUUGGUGUAAAAAGGACAAAGAACUCUAUCACCUGAAGGAAAAGGGGAAUAGGAGCAUUGAACAACACAAGAGUGAGAUUGAGACAGAAAAGCAAAGAAUACGGCAUCAACAGUUGGCCAGAGCCUUUCCUCUCAAUGACUUAUUGCAAGCUGUCCUUCAGAUUCUCCAAAAUCACUCAGGAACUCAAACCACACUCUACUUUUUGCAAUGGCUGAGUGUAUUUUUGGACAACCUGACUGCAGGACACUUGGAAAAACUGAAUGAGGAGAAAAAUGCUUUGUGGUCACUGAUACAAACAAAAAAGCAAAAGGCACCAAAGAGCAACAACCUACUAGGUUGGCAAAAAGAGAUAGAAGUUAUCUCCAAAGAGAUUAAUGACUGUACCCUGGGAAUUGAGCAACUUCUCAGAGAAGUUGGCCAAAUUUAUGAAGCUCUGGAAGAAGUUUCUGCCACAAAAGAUAAACUUUUCCUCUCCCUUCCCCAGAUUGCUGCAGAUCUGCUGAUAUCUGGUGUUCCCAUUGAGCUGAUGGAUGGGGAUGCUUCCUAUGUGCCUCUAAAGUGGGUAGCAGCUGUUUUUGACAAGGUCUCUGAGAAACUUGGAAACAAACGGCUGUUUGUUCUCUCCAUCCUUGGCCUACAGAGUUCAGGGAAGUCCACCCUGCUGAAUGCACUCUUUGGGCUGCAGUUCACUGUCAGUGCUGGGAGGUGUACCCGGGGGGCCUACAUGCAGCUGCUGAAAGUAGAGGAGACUUUCACAGAGGAAAUGGGCUUUGACUUUGUGCUUGUUGUGGACACAGAAGGACUUCGGGCCCCAGAACUCAGCAACAAAUCCAAGAAUCGUGACAAUGAGUUGGCAACUUUUGUCAUUGGACUUGGAAACUUGACUCUGAUCAAUAUUUUUGGAGAAAAUCCAUCAGAAAUGCAAGAUAUUCUACAAAUUGUUGUCCAAGCUUUUAUGAGGAUGAAACAAGUAAAAAUCUCACCUAGCUGCCUCUUUAUCCAUCAGAAUGUGGGGGAAGUCACAGCUAAAGACCAAACUAUGGAAGGACGGAGGCGGUUAGAGCAUAGACUGGAUGAAAUGGUAGCCAGGGUGGCUGAGCAAGAACAGUGCCCAGGUAUAACUCGCUUCAGUGAUGUCAUUAAGUUUGAUAUCAAUACUCAUGUUUACUACUUUGCUCACCUCUGGGAUGGCAACCCCCCAAUGGCCCCUCCCAAUCCUCGCUACAGCCAUAAUGUCCAGGAACUGAGAAGUAGAAUUCUUAUGACUGCCAAAGAGGACUCUAGGGGAAGCAUCUUGAAGAUAUCAGAUGUCAAAUCCCGAGUUCAAGAUUUGUGGAGAGCCCUGGUGAAUGAAAAUUUUAUUUUUAGUUUUAGGAAUACCAGAGAGGUCAUGGCAAUGAGAAAAUUAGAAACCAUGUAUAACUCCUGGACCUGGGAGCUGAGGAGUCAUGUGCUAGACUUGCAGAACCAGCUGAUCAACCAGAUUAAGAAUGGAAUAAUCCAGACACUCCCAACAAGCACAAUUGCAGCUCCAGUUUCAGAAAAAUAUGAAGCUAUCAAGCAAGAACUCGACAAAUACUUUAAUGAAGAUCCAGAGAGUGAAAUACUGAUUCAAUGGAAAGCGAAUUUUGAAAAUAAGCUAAUAAACCUUAAAGAGACACUUAUUUUGGACACCAAAAGUAAAGCUGAGGGACAUCUUGGUUAUAAAAAGAGUCAAGAAAUACUGGAUAAUAAAAAGUCAGGUUAUGAUAAGGAAUUAUUGGAAAGAAGCCGAGAAUUGGCUACAACUCUAGAGGGCAAAGAACUGAGUGAGGAAGAGCUACAAGAGAAAUUCAAUCAACUUUGGGAAAAAUGGGUCUAUGCUGUGUCCUCAACUGUCCCUCCAGUCACAGAGCCGAACAUUGAUGUGGAUUCUGAAGGCAUCCUUUGGGAAUAUUUUCAAAAGGAGAGAAACAUAGUAAACAUACUGAAGAAAGAUGAUAGGAAAACAUUUCAAAUAAAUUAUAAGGAACAUAUAAAUAUGAGCAAAACAUAUGGCCUAAUUUCAAGAAAAUUAGAAGUAUAUGAUGAAGAGUCCAUAAAAACAACUACUAACCACAUUGUUUCACGAUUCAAUGAAACUAUUGAUAACAUUCAGAAGCAACAGCGUGAUUACAAUCCAAAUUAUUUCCAUGAAAUCCUGAGAAUAAUAGAAGACGGGAUUAAGUCUGCAUGUACGGAUGAAAAAUACACAUUUACAAGUAAAUAUAAAAUUGACUUAUCUUUAUGUUUAUUUCAAAGAGCUUCAGAAAAGUUUAAGCAAAUGCACGAGGCAUUCAAAAGAGCAAAUGAUCCUGUAAACUAUCUGGAAAGCAAGAAAGGUGAUUUCUUCAUGAGUUUUAAGAUCUCUUGUCAAGGGGCAACCUCAGUCACAACAUUUGUUGGCUUUUUGUGGAACAAACUCACUCCUGCUGUUUCCACCACCAUUUGGGAAAAAAUGGUCCCUACAAUUGCUGGGGAGAUGCGAGCUACCUGCCCAGCAUUCAAUGGUAACAGGGCUAACCUGGAGAAGCACAUUCUUAUCUCUCUGGCAGAAAAUGAAAAUUUUGAUGAUUACAUGGAGUACAUUCAUAAUCCAGAGUCAUUUUUCAUGAAUUACAUUCAAAAUCAUGUUAAAAGUUAUUGUGCAGAACAAGGAAGUGAAAAAAUAAAGACUUUUUUAAAAAUGACUUUAGAUGACAUCAAGACUACCAUCCUCUCAGCUAUUCAUGAAGCCACAGCAAAAGCUAAAGAUCAAAGCAGCACUGGGUCUGGGUGGCUGGAUUUCUUCUGUGAUGAGCUGAAGAGUAACUUGAUCUUCCCACGAAAAGACUUGAUAAGCAUUGAACACCAGGAGAUAAAAGAUUUUGAAUUUCUCAAAGAAGCCAUGAGUGAAGCUUUGGAUCCUGCAAUGAACAAAGUAGAAAAGGAGUGUUUGACUAAGCCUAUGGAAGAAAUGGUUCCUGAAAUCCAGAAAUUGCUCUCUGAACAACUCUGUGGCUGCUGGAAACAGUGUCCCUUCUGUAAAGCAAUUUGUACAAACACAAUCCCUUCACAUGAUGGAGAUCACAGUGUUCCCUUCCAUCGUCCUCAGGCUGUCAGAGGAUAGGGAUGGGUUAAUACCGACCACUUUUCCAUUGAUUAUUGUACUAGUUCAGUAGCAAGUGAAUGUUCACUUCAUUUUGAGUGAUGAUCGUAAUAUCCCAUAUAAGAAGUAUCGAGAGGCAGGAGGGGAAUAUGCCACAUGGAGCAUCACCCCAGACACAUCUACCCAGCCAUACUGGAAAUGGUUUGUCUGUCACUUCAGAUCAAACCUAGAAGAGAAAUAUCAGAAAAAAUUUGCAGGUAGAGGUGAAAUCCCUGAUGCCUGGACCAAAAUCACAAAGCAGGAUGUGCUGGAUGACUUGAAAAAGCAAUAAUACUCAAUAACCCCAAAAGAGUACCAGAAUCUGAACAAGGGUCACACAACUUGAACAAUCCUAAAACACAUUUUUCUC